GUUUGACCCUAAAGCACAUUUUAGUACUCCUACUAUAUAUAAGAUUGAAUCGAUUGAGUGAUUGAAGGCACAAAAUUGGAAUUCCGGAUUAUUUUAUAAUGAUGAAUCGAAAAGCUUAAACCCCCCUGAGUUCCCAUCUUCUAGGGUUUAAGGUUUUGCCCUCCCAAUUUACCCGCCCUUCAGAAAUGGCCACCGCCACACUCCGAUGUUUGUUCUCGAGAACGACCACCCGAACGCUGUCUCCCUCUUUUUUCUCUUGUCGUUUUGCUCAAUCCUCCUCUACGCCGCUCCGGGCUCUCCAUUCUUUCUUCUACAGAAAUUUCAAUUCCAGAAACUUCUGCACUGCGUCUGAUUAUAUUCCUCAAUACUCCGAUACCGCUAUAGCUGCUGGAUUAAACCUCGAUGAUCGCAUUCCGGCAACCAUCAUAACUGGGUUCCUUGGCUCCGGCAAGACCACUCUGUUAAAUCACAUAUUGACAUCAAAUCACGGAAAGCGAAUUGCGGUGAUUGAAAAUGAGUUUGGUGAGGUAGACAUUGAUGGUUCAUUAGUUGCUAGCCACUCCUCUUCCAAUGAGGACAUUGUCAUGGUUAAUAAUGGAUGUCUAUGUUGCACAGUUAGAGGAGAUCUUGUUAAAAUGCUCUUGGAGUUGGUUAGGAACAGGCGAGAUAGUUUUGAUCAUAUAGUUAUAGAAACCACAGGCCUUGCAAAACCUGGUCCUGUCAUUGAAACAUUUUGUUCAGAUGAGCUGCUUUCAGGAGAGGUGAAACUCGAUGGAGUUGUUACUUUAGUUGAUUCAAAGCAUGCCAUGCAACAUUUAAAUGAGGUGAAGCCUAGAUUUGUGGUCAAUGAAGCAGUGGAGCAAGUUGCAUACGCAGAUCGUAUUGUUCUUAACAAGAUAGAUUUGGUAUCAGAGGCUGAGCUGGAGGCAUUGCUUCGAAGAAUCAAGCUUAUCAAUGGGAUGGCUCAAAUAAAGCAAGCCAGGUUUGGGGUGGUGGACAUGGACUUUGUUCUAGGAGUGGGAGGUUACGAUCUUGACAGAAUUGAGUCAGAAGUUCAAUCAGAAAAUUCCCAUUGUGUCCAUGGACAUGAAUCUGGUCAUGAUCAUCACAAAGGACACCAUCAUGAUCACGUUCAUGAUUCUGCCGUCUCCAGUGUUAGUAUUGUCUCUGAGGGCACCUUAGACUUGGAUGAGGUGGAUGAUUGGAUCGAAAGACUUAUUGAAGAAAAGGGAGAUGAUUUAUAUAGGCUUAAAGGAGUUCUAUCUGUGAGCGGCUCUGAAGAACGUUAUGUUCUACAGGGUGUGCAUUCAAUUUUGGAUGGCUGCCCAGGGAAGACAUGGGGGCCGAAUGAGAAAAGGAUCAGCAAGCUGGUAUUUAUUGGAAGAAACUUGGAUGAAACCGCUCUUAGGAAGGGAUUUAAGGGUUGUUUAGUGUAAGGGGUGUGUAUACUUGUAGACGCACUAAAAUGACUAAUCACAUAUAGUUUGCUUGUGGUCGGCCGAGAGACAUCUUCCCCAGGACUUGAAAACUUUCACCAACCCCCAUGUGAUGCAAUGCAACCUAUAUAUUUUGUUUAGGAAAGAGGGGUGAAACUCCUACUGUUUGAAGUAUCUCGGUCUGCAAUCAACCCUUCAAUAUAUACUGAUGCAAUUGAAAGAUGCUGAUGAAGAUCUGGGAGCCGCUUUUGUUUUGUGUCUGCUAGGCAUGUCUUUGAUUGGAUUACUGAUGAGGCCUAGAAUUGGAUUCCCUUGAUUUCUUUCUGGGUUUUUUGCCUAUAUGCUCUGUAUGUAAGUUCUUUCUUGCAUUAUGUCUGAUUUGUAUAUCCUCGUUGGUUUUUGCCGCUAUUUUUUCUGGUGUAUUGUUCUCCUCCCAUAGUGCUAGAUUUCUUGCCUUCAAUUAUUCACAUGGCCUCGGAGGAUAGGUUUGACUUCCUGCUCGGGCAGUCAGUUUAUACUCUCUCCACCUAAAAGGAUUGUCUUAUUUAUAUUUUUUACUUUUAAUAUAAUUUGUACUAAGAUAAAAGUUCAAAAUCGAACUAGCCCAAAGCCUCGUG